GGCUACCUACCUCCUCUACACUCUAACCACUAGGCUACCUACCUCCUCUACACUCUAACCACUAGGCUACCUACAGUGCAUAUGGAAAGUAUUCAUGUUUAAUAGUUUCAACGAGGCCAGAGAAUCUUGUUUCUCAUGGUCAGAGACUCCUUUAGGUGCCUUUAUGGGGUAUUGUGGAUCACUUAUCAUGGAUGUGUUAUCCCCUGGUGGAGGUGUUAUCCCCUGGUGGAGGUGUUAUCCCCUGGUGGAUGUGUUAUCCCCCUGGUGGAGGUGUUAUCCCCUGGUGGAGGUGUUAUCCCCUGGUGGAGGUGUUAUCCCUGGUGGAGGUGUUAUCCCCUGGUGGAGGUGUUAUCCCCUGGUGGAGGUGUUAUCCCCUGGUGGAGGUGUUAUCCCCUGGUGGAGGUGUUAUCCCCUGGUGGAGGUGUUAUCCCCUGGUGGAGGUGUUAUCCCCUGGUGGAGGUGUUAUCCCCUGGCCAGUGUCUUGGUGGAGGUGUUAUCCCCUGGUGGAUGUGUUAUCCCCCUGGUGGAGGUGUUAUCCCCUGGUGGAGGUGUUAUCCCCUGGUGGAGGUGUUAUCCCCUGGUGGAUGUGUUAUCCCCUGGUGGAGGUGUUAUCCCCUGGUGGAGGUGUUAUCCCCUGGCCAGUGUCUUGGUGGAGGUGUUAUCCCCUGGUGGAGGUGUUAUCCCCUGGUGGAGGUGUUAUCCCCUGGUGGAGGUGUUAUCCCCUGGUGGAGGUGUUAUCCCCUGGUGGAGGUGUUAUCCCCUGGUGGAGGUGUUAUCCCCUGGUGGAGGUGUUAUCCCCUGGUGGAGGUGUUAUCCCCCUGGUGGAGGUGUUAUCCCCUGGCCAGUGUCUUGGUGGAGGUGUUAUCCCCUGGUGGAUGUGUUAUCCCCCUGGUGGAUGUGUUAUCCCCUGGUGGAUGUGUUAUCCCAUGACCAGUGUCUUGAUGGAUGUGUUAUCCCCUGGCCAGUGAUCAACCUCUUGGGGAGUGAGAUAAUUGACAAUAAUUACAAGAGAUCAGCAAGGAGAAGCUUUGUAACGUUUCUAUUGGUCAGUCUGUCCCUCAUGUAUAGCAGAGCAGCACAUAGCUAAUCAGAUUAGUGUUUGAGGUAGCUUUGUCUUCGGUUAGGUCUCUCCUCUCUGCCUCAUCUUAUAACAUAUCUUUCUCUCUAUUACUCUCUCUCUCUCUCUAUCUC